UGUAACGGGACGUGGGUCAUGUGGGUCGCGCUGCUGCUGAAACCAGUGAAUGCGUAUAAACGUGUGCAGCCCCUCCGUCUUUUUCCUGAAGUGAAGCUGCGGAGCGGACGCGCGGUGCGUGCUGCCGCAGAGAUUUCCAAAUCAUGGUGUUGUUACACGUGUUGUUCGAGCAUGCGGCAGGCUAUGCGCUGUUCGCCAUCAAAGAGGUGGAGGAGAUCAGCAUGCUGCUCCCCCAGGUCGAGGAGAGUGUGCUGAACCUGGCGAAAUUCAACAGCAUGGUGAGCCUGGCUGCCUUCUUCCCCUUCAAGUCAGCCCAGGGUGCGCUGGAGAACAUGAACGCCAUCUCCGAAGGUGUGGUUCACGCUGACCUGAAGUUGUUCCUAGAGACAAAUCUGCCCCGCAGCGGGAAGAAGAAAUCUGUGUUGGGUGUUUCGGAUGCGAAGAUCGGAGCAGCUCUACAAGAAGAGUUUAGCCUUUCUAUCCAGACUGGAGGAGUGGUGGCUGAAAUAACCAGAGGCGUGCGUCUGCACUUCCACUCCCUGGUGAAGGGUCUGACCGGCCAGGCCGCCUCCAAGGCACAGCUGGGUCUGGGCCACAGCUACUCCAGAGCUAAAGUGAAGUUCAACGUCAACAGGGCCGACAACAUGAUCAUCCAGUCCAUCGCUCUGUUGGAUCAGCUGGACAAAGACAUCAAUACUUUCUCCAUGCGUGUGCGUGAAUGGUACGGAUACCACUUCCCAGAGCUGAUCAAAAUCGUUACCGACAACUCGAUGUACUGUCGCUUGGCUCAGCUCAUCGGCAACAGGAAGGAGCUGUCGGAAGAGAGCCUGGAGAGCCUGGAGGAGGUGGUGAUGGACAGCGCCAAGGCGCAGGCCAUCCUGGAUGCGUCUCGCUCAUCUAUGGGUAUGGAUAUCUCCCCCAUCGAUCUGAUCAACAUCGAGAGGUUCUCCAAUCGUGUCGUGUCUUUGGCCGCUUAUCGUCUGGAGCUGCAGGAGUAUCUGCGUUCAAAGAUGAGCCAAGUGGCUCCAAACCUGGCAGCUUUGAUUGGAGAAGUGGUCGGAGCUCGUCUCAUUUCCCACGCCGGCAGUUUAACCAACCUGGCCAAGUACCCGGCGUCCACGGUUCAGAUCCUGGGAGCAGAGAAGGCCCUGUUCAGAGCCCUGAAGACACGAGGCAACACCCCCAAGUACGGCCUCAUCUUCCACUCGACCUUCAUCGGUCGCGCAGCCGCCAAGAACAAAGGCCGCAUCUCCAGAUACCUGGCGAACAAGUGCACAAUCGCCUCCCGUAUCGACUGCUUCUCCGAACUACCCACAAGCGUGUUUGGAGACAAACUGCGCGAACAGGUGGAGGAGCGUCUGUCUUUCUACGAGACGGGCGACGUGCCACGGAAGAACGUGGAUGUGAUGAAAGAGGCCGUGAAAGAGGCUACUGACGUUGCAGCCGAGAUGAAGCGCAAACUGGAGAAGAAGGAAAAGAAACGAAAGAAGCGCGAGAAGAAGUUGGAAGAACUUGAAGCAAACGGAGAAACCAACGGCGACGCCGAGGUGGAGAACGGAGACGCAGACACUCCUGUCGUGAAGAAGAAAAAGAAGAAGCAGGCAGCCGAGGAGAUGGAGGAGGAGGCGGAGAACGGAGCGGAGGAGACUCCAGGCAAGAAGAAAAAGAAGCGAAAAGCAGAGGCAGAGGAAGCGGCUGCCACAGAUAACGGAGCGGAGGAAACCGAGACUCCAUCAAAGAAGAAAAAGAAACAAAAAACUGAGGCCGUAGAGCCAGACGAGACCCCGGAAACACCUGUCAGCGAGAAGAAAAAGAAAAAAAAGAAAAAGGAGGCGGCAGAGUAAAUCGGAGUAUGUCCAGAGACUGAAUCUUUAUUUUUGUGUACAGCUUAUUUUUAUUCCCUUUUUGCAUUUAUCUGAGGCUAGUUUAUGUUGCAACUUCAUGUCGGACUGUAUUCAUGCUUAUAACUGUGCCUUGAAGAUGAUGACAUUUAAUUUGACUUCUGUAAAUAAAUUUGUCUAUCAAA